AUGAGAGGAGAAGCACACCACAUCGUCUCUGUGACCGACGACAAGCUGAAGCAGAAGCAGCAGCAGCAGAAGGCAGGGAAAGAGAGCAAGGCAAAGCUAUUGGAGGACGACGAGAAGCACCAACAGUACAGCAGUACCAAGAGGCAGAAGAGGGAUGAGGGAAAGCAACAGCUUCAGCAGCACCAAGUGCAAGAAGAGGGCAAGGCACAGCCCAUGAAGGUGGGGGAGCAGCAACACCAUCAGCAGAAAGCUGAGGAAGGGGACAGAGUAGAGCUGACAGAGGGCGAGGAGCAGCAGCAGCAAGAUGGGGAAGAUGACAGGGCUUAUCUGACGGAGGAGAAGGAGCAGCGGCAGUGGAAGCAAGUGGACGAAGAGGGCAAGGCGGAGCCGAUGUAG